AUGUCCAAUACAAAUAUUAAUGAACCACAACCUCGAGGUAAACUAAGGAAUUCAAUGAUUGAAAAUGAACAUGGAUUCAGUUAUGAAUCUGCUGCCAAAGAAAUUGAACAAGAAAAGAAGAUGGUGGCAGCUUUGAAAAGAUUAUCCAUUGGGAACAUGAUGAAUUAUGAUCCCGAUUUACCUAAUAAUGAUGAAAUAGAGUUUCAAUUUCAGUUUCUGGAUAAUAAUAAACUUGAUGAUCGAAUAAGGAGAGAUAAAUCUCCUUCGAGAUCUCCAUCUCCAUCGAUAUCCCCUUCCAAGAUAUCUCCGGUGAAAUCAACGAAAUCUUCAAAUUCGAGUCAUUCUCCUUCACCAUCAAGGUUAUCUCGAUCAAAUUCAUUAAAAGAUUCAAGUUUCAAUAUCCUGACAACUAUAGAUGAUUCUCUCGAUGAUUCAGAAACUUUGGAUACUGAAGAAUUAUUAUGGGUACCAGCUAACUUACAUCCAGAAGUUGAUCCGGAAAACUAUAAGAAUCAUGUCCAUACCACGGUGGAAGAAUUGAUGGAACGUCAAAUUUCAAGAAAAAAUUCUUUAAAAAGAGGCUCCUCAUUGUCCAAAUCUAUCUCAAGACAUGAUUCUACUAAAGAGAACGAUGAUCCUCAAAUUUCACCUUCAAAAGAUGAGGGAAGUUUAAGAACUCCAUCACUGAAUUCUUCAUCACCUUCUCCUAACAAAGAAUUAUCACCAAGACCGGAAUCAAAUAGAUAUAGUAAUCCUUCCCUUCGGGAUUUAUCCAAUGAAUUACAACACUUAUCUAAAUUAGCUGGUAGGAAUUCGACUGAUGCUGUAACGGUUGCUAGAACGUUAUCAGCUUCUUCUUUAGGUUACACUGAUGUCGAAAGAUUGGCUAUAGAUGAGUUGAACUCAUCACCAAGAUCAUCUCAAUCUUCAAUUGAUGACUUUUAUGAUCCUUCUUCCCCUGCAUCUCAAAGAACUUAUGACGAAUUGUCUUUCCCUUAUGAAACAAACCCUAAUGCUAAUGAUACCUUCGACCUUGCCCAAGAUUUUGCUUUGAAAAGAUCAAAAAGAGUUGAUUAUAGAAACCAGCCUUUACCUCAAGCUCCAGGUUCUAAACUUCAAACAGGAAAAGCUGAUAAAUUAGCCAAUUUAAGAACAGGUUUAACUAAUGAUCCUUCAUUACAACCUCAAUUCACUAAUUAUCGUCAAAAUCAUCCUGUCAAACAUGAAAGACAUAGAGGAUACCAAGCACAUUCUGAAACACCUUCAGUUUCUUCAAAAUCUUCGUCUCAUAAAUCAAGAAGUCAUAGAAAUUCCCAAGCAUUAUUUACUUACGGUGAAACCAAUUUAGACUACAGUAAAGAUUCCCCUUAUGGUUCAGUAGUACCAAUAUCACCAUUGGAAGAAAAAUUACCAUCCACCAAAUAUUCCCAGCAUAAUUUGACAGCUAAAAGGUUAUCGCAUGUUAAGAUCACUCCUCAACAACAAGCUCAAUUGAGUGGUCGUAAUCCAACAUCGAGGUCCUCAUCAUCGAAGAACAUUCCUCAAUUACAACCCCAUGCUCAAAUUCACCCUCAACUGUCACAACAUUCACAACCACAACAACUUUCACAACAACCGCAACCACAACAACUUCCACCACAACCUCAACCUCAAGGUCAUCGUUCUUCAUCGAGAUCUCCAAGUGGGGGUUCUCAGCAUUCGGAAGGAUAUAACAACUAUCCUUACCAACAAGUUAUCUAUAGUGGUACACCUAAACUGCGUCAUAGGAAUGGCUAUGUUAAUCAAAACUAUCAUGGUCACCAACAACAUUCUCAUCAACAUUCCCACCAGCACAAACACUCACAACAAGGGCAACAACCAAUGCAAAGACAGGGACAAAGAGUACCUUCGGAUAAAAGACCAGAUAUGAGACAAAGACCUUCCAUGAGAAAUAUGGGAUCUGGUCAAAUUCAAGGCCAACCUCCUCAGGGCCAAGUACCUCAAGGUCAAGUACCUCAAGGACAAGUACCUCAAGGACAACCUCAAGAUCAAAGACAACUCCAACACCAGGGCAAGGUCCACCAAUCUGGUCCACAAGGCUACCAACAAAUGCCUUAUGGUCAAAAGCCUCAAAGUCAAGUCCCUCAUAAAGUCUACAUGCAAAAAAGGAGCCAUUCUCAUAACCACUUAUCUCAACAGUCACAACAAUCACAACAUCAAUCAAGAAAUUCAAGUAGAAAUGUUGAUGUUCCAACCACAUCAGUGGAAUCACUUCCCGAUUUACUGAAACUUCAGAAUGCUCCUGUUGUUCAACAAGUUCAACAGUUCCCUCAAGUAUCUCAAUCUGAAGAGCUUUCACAAGGACAUCAAACAUCACCUGAAGAGAAACAUGGUAUGAUCAGACAUCCUUCCCAAUCUGACUAUGCUGAAGCAAAGUUAGAGCAAACAGUCAGAAUUAGCCCAGAAAGGAAAAGACCAACCAAACAGGAAACUGAUAUGAAAUCAAGACAAUUGAAUGAAAACUUGAACUUAUUAAGAAGCGAGAUAAACGAUUUUAAGGAAAGUUUGAGUAGAAAUGACAAGAUUUCAGAAACUCCUGUUUCAAUCGAAUCAAGUGAUGUUGAUACUUCAGAUUUCAGUUUUGAAAGAACCUAUCCCGAAAUAAACCUUGAAGAACAAUCAGAUGCCGAGAAGGAAACCUUGGAAAAGAAUAACGUUUUAGAUGAACAGGAAACUUUGAAUGAAACUGAUGAUGAUCAAACUAAGAACACUGUUGAUGAAAUUGACUUUCAUGAAAUAUCUGACCAAUCUUCUAUUGAUGUGUCACCUACUGAGAAGCAUGAAGAAUCUUCUGGUUUAGACAAUUUAAUGAUGAAAAAUAGAUCCAAUCAAUCCUUAGUUUCUAAUGAUUCAAAUAUUUCAGCUUCAUCAUUGAAACAAAGUCCAACUAAACCUUUGAAAAAGAAGAAAUCUUGGCCAUGGAUGAAGAAUAUUGAUAAAUCCGAUAAUCAUCACAGUCAAAGAUCGGUUAGUGCAUCGACUGUGGAAUUAGCUACUGUUCCUGAAUCUAAAGCCAUCUCUUCAAGAUCAGUUUCUUCCCCUGAAGUGUUCCAUAAAGAAGCAAAUGAACCAACUAAAAAGGAGAAGGAAUUGAAAGCUAAAGAAGAAGCCAAACUUAAGAAGAAAAAGGAAAACAUUGGUAAAGAGAAUGUGAUUUCAAAACUUUUCAAAAGGAAAAGAAGUAAUUCAGUUUCUGUUAUGGAAGAGAAGACCAAACCAGUCGAAGAAUCGGAAAAGAUGGAAAGAAUUGACAGUCCAGUUCUGGUCGAAAGUCAAUCACCUGUUGAGGUUCUGGAUUAUGAAUCUGAUUUGGAAACCAAAAAGUCAGUUCCUUCACUUAAUAAGAAGAGUUCAGGAAUCUUCAAGAAAAAGAACAAGAAAGAAGAGUCAAAGAGUAAAUUGGGAUUGAAAUUGUUGAAAUCUUCAUCCAGUAACAGUUUGAACGAACAUAUCAAAGAAAAGGAUGAUCCAAUGGAAGGAAUUGAAGUAGAACAAAAGGAACCAGAGAUGGAGGUUCAAAAAGAGAAAGUCGAAAAGAAAGUCGAAAAGAAAUCUGAAAAGAAAGGUGAAAAGAAGACUGAAAAGAAGGACACGGAGAAGAAAUUAGAGAAAAAGGCUAGCAUUGAUAAAAAGAAGAAACCAAAGGACGAAAAGAAAGCUCAAAUUGAAGAAAAAGAAGCUAAUGUUGAAGGAAAACUCGAAGACGAGGAAGAAAAACCCUUACAAACAACCUUAGAAGUUCAAGAAAAAUUAAAAAAGUCCAUCAAGAGAACCUCAAAAGCCAAUCAACCUAUCGAGUUCACCGAUUCAGCCUUUGGAUUCCCAUUACCUCCACCUUCACCUUCUACUUUAGUUAUGUUAGAUUAUAGAUUCCCAGUUCAUGUUGAACGAGCAAUCUAUAGAUUAUCACAUUUGAAAUUGGCCAACCCUAAGAGAUCUUUGAGAGAACAAGUAUUGCUUUCCAAUUUCAUGUAUGCAUAUCUUAACUUAGUUGAUCAUACAUUACACUUAGAACAACAAAUGAAUGAAAGUAUGACAGAAAGUAAUGAUGAAGAUAAUGAUAAAGAGUCCAACCUUCCUGAAGAAGAAAUGGACGAUAACUUGAAUUUCAACAAUAAUGACGAAGUCAUGACACAAGAAUUACUUGUUGAUUCUUUAGAUUUAGAUAUAGAAAUGUCUAAAUCUUCCGUAUACACUUAA